GAGGCGGGUUCCGGGCGGAACGGAAGUAAGGCCGAACCCGUUGCCGUGACAGCGGGCCCGGGGCCGCCAUGGAGGCCGCGCUCACUGACAUGUACGACCAGGCACUGCUGGGCAUCCUCCAGCAUGUCGGCAACGUGGAGGAAUUUCUGCGCAUUCUUUUCGGCUUCCUCUACCGCAAGACCGACUUCUAUCGGCUCCUUCUGCGGCCCGGGGACCGCCUGGGCUUCCCGCCCGGCGCGGCGCAGGCCAUGGCCCUGCAGGCCUUCCGGGUGUUCGAGCGCAUGGCCAGGCAGGACGAUGAGAAGAGGCGCCGUGAGCUGGAGGCCAAGCUGAGAAGGAAGGAGGAGGAGGAGGAGGCAGCUGCAGCUGCUGAGAGGGUGAAGCUGUGUCCUGCAGCUCAGGAGAUAGAGGUGGAGACGACGGAGCUCAUCCCAGCAGCAGAUGGUGGAGAAGCUGCAGGCACACAGGAACCAUCUUCAGCCCAGGGUGCUGCAGCCCCCAGCCCGCUGCCAGUGGAGCCUCCAGGGGCUGCUGCCCCAGCAGAGCUGCCCACGAGACAGGAGCAGUUCCAGACAAACCCCGACAGCUACAACGGAGCUGUGCGAGAGAAUUACACCUGGUCCCAAGAUUACAGUGACCUGGAAAUUAAAGUGCCUGUGCCCAAGCAUGUUGUCAAAGGCAAACAGGUGUCUGUGGAUAUCAGCAGUGGUGCAAUUCGUGUAGCAGUGCUGGAGGGAAGCAGCCAACAUGUCCUCAUGGAAGGGAAGCUCACCCACAAGAUCAACACGGAGAGUUCCCUGUGGAGCCUGGAGCCUGGGAAGUGUGUUUUGAUCAGCCUGAACAAGGGGGAUGAGUACUGGUGGAAUGCCAUCCUGGAGGGCGAGGAGCAGAUCGACAUUGACAAGAUCAACAAGGAGCGCUCCAUGGCCACGGUGGACGAGGAGGAGCAUGCUGUGCUGGAUCGCCUCACCUUUGACUACCACCAGAAGCUGCAGGGCAAGCCCCAGAGCCAUGAGCUGAAGGUGCAUGAGAUGUUAAAGAAGGGCUGGGACACCGAGGGCUCGCCAUUCCGCGGCCAGAAAUUCGACCCCUCCAUGUUCAACAUCUCCCCCGGCGCCGUCCAGUUUUGACAGUGGCAAAAACAACUGAAAAAUAAAGCAGGGAGAGGCGACCUGCCCGCUCCUGGAUGCCCACCAGGAUCCUCCCAGCCAGCGCCAGUGCCCGGGACUCACUGAUCCACGCUGCCGGCACCCAUCCAUGCUGUGAGGGGAAGCCUGAGGAAGUGGGCAGAUUUACAUCCUGUCACCACGGCAACCUGGGCAGCAGGACCCCUCUCCUCCCCUCCUCUCCCCUCCCCUCACCUCGAGCUGCCGAUGCUCCAUGUUUUUCUGGAAUAGAGGGAGCGUGUUGGGUCGCA